CUGCGACGAACGAACUUUAACGAAUCUCUUCUCUUCUCCUUCUUUUUUGACUUUCUUCGUAACCCAUCAAAAUACAACGAAAACAAGUUAUUCACAGAGAUCUCGAAAAAACCCGACUUGGCAUCUCUGAUCGUUGCAUUUACGAACGCAUAAAAUGUAAAUCUCACAAAAACACCUUACUUUGUUAAAGUACUUUUUUGUGUGUGAUGUGAAUGAGUGAGUGAAUGAAAGGGAAACUUUUGAAUUUUUGUGUGACAUACAAUCCACGCACAGCUCAUUUGUAAAAGAAAUUCGUAAAAAAAAAAGUAAAUUAAAUAUUACCGUAUGUUAAAAAAAAGUGGGGAAUCAGUUGUGUGCGCGCCCAUCAACAUCCAAACCAGGUAAAAGCAAUUGAAGAUUUUAGUUGAAUUUGUGACGUCGUGCUGCUUUGUUUUACUUUCAACCACAAAAAAUUUUAAAAAAUCAUGAUUUGGUUCGAUUAUUUGUGUAUUUUUUCGAUAAUUGUCGUCGGAUUCCAAAUUGUGCGUCGUGUCAUGCCUUAUAUCUUCGUGACAUUCAUCGCGCCGUUCCUGUUCAAAGUUGAUUUCAAGAAAUACGGAGCUUGGGGCGUCGUUACGGGAGCAACUGAUGGAAUUGGACUCGAAUAUGCUCGAAUGUUGGCGAAAAAGGGCUUGAAUGUUGUUUUGAUCGGGCGUUCACAGCUAAAAUUACAAAAAGUUGCUGAAAGAAUUGAGCGCGAAUCAAGCAUUCAAACCCAAAUAAUUUGCGUUGACUUCAAAAAUUCCAUCGAUAUUUACGAGAAAAUUGAGAAACAAAUCAACAAUUUGGACAUUGGAGUACUUGUCAACAACAUCGGCAUCUCUUACAGCAACCCAGAAUACUUCCUUCAGAUCCCGAAUCACGAACAAUUCGUUUCCGACAUAAUUUCAUGCAAUAUUUUAUCCACGGUCCAGAUGACGAAGAUCUGUUUGUACGGCAUGGCGCAAAGAAAGCGUGGCAUUAUCAUAAAUUUGUCAUCCAUGUCUGCGCAAAUACCGUCUCCAUUGUUGAGUGUUUACGCAGCUUCGAAGGCAUUUGUGGAUAAAUUUUCCGCUGAUAUUGCAACGGAAUACCAAAAACAAGGCAUUAUUGUUCAAUGUUUGGCACCCGGAACUGUCGCUACGAACAUGACAAAAAUCCGCAAAGCAACUUGGAUGGCUCCAACUCCCGAAAAAUAUGUCGCAAGUGCAUCGAGAACCGUUUUAGUAGCUGCCAAUACGACCGGAUAUUUCCCGCAUGACUUGAUGAAGUUCGUAAUUAAUGACGUUGCGGGACUUUUUACGUCGCUUUUGUCGAAACACAUCGUUUUUCGUCGCAUGAAGUUCUUGCGGGAACGUGCAAUGGGCAAAGUUGGUCAAGUUUAAGCCUUAAAUUUAAA